UUUCCAGAUGUUUAUUGCAAUUCUACAUGGGACGGCAUUUCGUGUUGGCCAACAACUGCUGCUGGCACCAUUGCCCGGGUUCCAUGUUUUGAAGAAUUCAACGGUGUGCGCUAUGAUACCAACACUAAUGCAAGCCGCCAAUGUCUUGGUAAUGGAACCUGGUCUGAUUGGUCAAAUUACAGAUUGUGUAAACCAGUUAAUCUUCACGAAGAAGAGUUUUUUCAAGUUCUGUGGGACAUGAAAGAAGCGGCUACCAUUUACUAUGUUGGAUAUGGAAUAUCCUUAGUUGCAUUGAGUCUUGCCCUUUUUGUGUUCUUCCAUUUCAAAGACCUCAGGUGCUUAAGAAAUACAAUUCACACUAACUUGAUGACUACUUACUUACUGAUUGAUGUCACAUGGAUUCUAACAGCAACGCUUCAAUCGCAUCAAAAUCCAACGGCUGCAAGGAUUGCCUGUUUUCUUGUUAUACCUCUAACUUACCUGAUGGCUACAAACUUCUUUUGGAUGUUCGUGGAAGGUCUCUAUCUCUACAUGUUGGUGGUAAAGACUUUUUCCAUUGAUAAGAUCCAAUUCAAAACAUACGUUAUAAUAGGGUGGGGAAUCCCAGCAGUUGUUGCUGCAGCGUGGGCUAUAGUGAAAGGAAUUGCUGGAGGAGCUGCUGCUGACGAACCUUUCACGCAAAAAGGAUGCCCAUGGCAAAACAAAGAUAACUAUGACUACGUGUUCAGCUGUCCUGUUAUGUUGGUGCUCUUGAUCAAUAUUUUCUUCCUUGCCAAAAUAAUGUGGGUGCUUAUCACAAAACUGAGAGCUUCUAACACAGUGGAAUCUAAGCAGUACAGGAAAGCUGCAAAAGCUCUUCUGGUACUGAUACCUCUGUUGGGUGUAACCUACAUUAUAGUGAUAGCCACACCCACUGAGCCACUUGCCGAAGUAGUCUUCAUCUAUAUUCAAGCAACGCUUUUGUCUAUACAGGGAUUUGUAGUUGCUGUCUUAUAUUGUUUCUUGAAUGGUGAGGUUCAGAAUUCAUUGAAGCACCACUUUGAGAGAUGGAGGACUCAAAAAACCGUGGGCAAAAACCCGAGGCAUUCGGUUGGUCAUUUAUCGCCGAGACAUAGUGAAAGUGUGGCCCUCUACAACCAUAAAGGCCCCAGAGAUAGCUGCACAAGCUUCACCACUACUACGUCAGUUGUUAAUCUUCCUAAAAGAAGCAAUUCAGCCAAUCAUUUGGCAGUACAAGACGACAUGUUGUAAAUAAGUUGAUUUUUCAACCAUUGUAAUUCUUCCAUUGAUUUCAUUUAUAUAUAGUUUUGAUCGGACAAAUGGAUUGUUAAGAAACUAAGAAAUACACAGGGUGUUGACUAAUCCUCACUUUUGGCUUAUACGUUAGAAUUUUUGUCAAAAAUAUAGUCAGUUGAUUCUGUAUAUAAAGUGUCGUAAACAAAUAAAAAGAGAAAAAAAAAGGGAAAAAAGUUAUCAGAUUUCACGCAUCACUGUUCAGGUCAGCUAAUGUUCAUACUGAAUUUAAAUCUUCACAUCUAACAUUUAUUUCAAAAUCUUUAAGCUUUGUGCUUAAGAUUUUAUUAAUAAAUAAAAUCCAUAAGCUUGGGCAAACUUGUGGCUAAUAAGUUGGAAAGUACAAUAACAGUUUUAAUGGUCUUCACCAGCUUAUGCAUUUGUUUUAUUUUCACCUAAAUUUUACAUUUACUAACAAUGGUAGCUAUAAAAUUUUGACAAGGAAACUAAAACGACAAUGCCAAAGUGGUUUUUAGAGAACACUCUGUAGAGAUAUAUGAGUUUAUGUGGUGAGUUGGACCUGAAUAGUUAUGAUGCCAGCUUCCAUUUUUUAAAUAAUAUUGCUAAAAAUUAACUUUAAGAAUCAAGUGAGAAGCAAAAAUUUCUCUGUUUCAUAUUUUAAAAAAAUAAUUUUUUAUGUGAUACUGCAUAUUGUUCUCAAUUGAAUUUUAUCAUCAGUAUUUUAUAGUUUCCAAGUCAAUGUUGAUUGUUUUUAUGAACUUUUGCGUAAAACAAUUCAACGAUAGAUUGAUUUGAAACAAUUGUUAACAAAUAAACAACAAAACAAUUGUUAAAAGUUAAAAAAAACAGGAUCUUGCUUUGCUUGCAUGUAUAGUGUAUAUAGUAUUCUGUAAAUAUUGAUUUAAAAUGCUAAGUUUAUUAUAUUUCCUAAAUAGCCAAUCAAAUCUCUACGUUAACAAAAGCAAGACGGAAUUUACUUUAUAUUUCCAUAUCUAGAUAAAUUUUAUGGUAUGCUGUUAUACAUUAUCUAAUGUAUACUAGAUUAUCCAUUAAAUACAAUCAAUCCAUAAAGUAUAUUCGAGUAUAAUAUAUACAAGACUACACUGUAAAAGAAACUGGUACUCAGGGUAACAGAAUUCUUUUUCGUAAAAUUUUAUAGAACUGAACAUUUGCUGCCCCGUAAUUUUUACAGUAAUAUGCACCGUGAAAUCACUGAAUCAUUAUAAUUAAAUUAAUAUUGCUGCAAAAAUUACGGCAUAAAAUUUCACGGUAAAACUGGAUCUCGUGAUAAAAUGGAUUUUAUGGAUGCUGUAAUCAGGUAGUCAGUACUUUUUACUGUAAUUUGAUCUGGAAUUUAUUACAAUGUACUGAAGCUACGUUCGGGGCCUGGCUCAUGAUAAAAGGAAUUCAAAUACUUUCUUACUGCUUUUAAACAGAACAAAAAUUAUAAAACUGCAUUUCGCUCUGUCAUUAAGUAAAAAAAAAAUAUUUAGCAUAAACUAUUUCGAAGCAUAAAUAUUAUUAUUCGAAAUCGAGUAAGUUCUAAUAAAUCGUCUAUUCCGGGCUUAUAUCUCUUUUUUCGAAUUUUGCCUUUAUCAAACAUACUAAAUUUCUGACAGGCUUGGCCUUGAAAAAUACCUAAUUCUGAAGUUGGAUUAGAAGUUUUCGGAAUCGAAUGGGCAUGGACUUUCAAGAUUGAACCCGAGUUCAUCUCUAAUGCUUUCCGUGUAUACAUUAGAGAAUUUAGGUGUACUAAAGCAUCCCUAAAAAUAAGUAAUGGAUAUUAAUCAAAAUUUGUAAAUUUUUCACAAGAAUAAAGUUUUUCUUAGAAAUAUUUCGGUGUUUCAAAUCAUGCAAACCGAAGGAAUAUAAAUCUGCGGUCAGAUGACCAGAGAAAAAUAAUAACUUGUAAAUAUGACUCAUGAAGCGAAAAAUGUGAUAAUUAAUAGUAAUAAUGUUUCUCAAAUUAUAUUAUUGCUUUAUAACUGUUUGAAUGAACUGCUAGUUUGCCUUCAAUAUGUUUGGAAAUCGUUUAAAUUUUACAAAACUAUCAUACAAUUUCGUCAUAUUAAAGAAAAUAUUACUUAUUGCAAAACAGAGCAAUACAAAGAGCUUUAUAUGGCCUAGAUAAUUUUAAAAGAUAUACACAUUAUAUCAAUCAAAUUAAUAUUUUAAGUGAAAUUAAGUCAAUGUAAUUUUUGAUAAAUAUGGUUGUUGAAAUAAAUCUUACAUAUUUAGCUUUCGUAAUUGUUAUUAUUGAUAAAAAAUUAAAAAAAACAUAAAUAAAAAAGUUGUUAUUAUUUGAAAAGACAUACUAUUAUGUUCAAAAGUAUUAUUACGUACAUUGUUAAAGCUGAACAAUUAAAGGAUAUCAAACCAUCGAGCUAUUUAAUUUUUAGUUAUUUCUGUGCAUAUUUCAUGUAUUCAAAUGUAUGCAUAUGAAAUAAGUGGUUAUUUUACAUUAAUAUUUUAAAGCAUAUGUAAUUUUUUAAAGAAACAGGUGUAAAAAAAACUGUAAAUAUUGCAAAAUAUGUUAAUUAAUGUUUUGAGUUGAAGUGUUGUUUAAUCCUUAAUAACUAUCAAGCUGUUAGCCAAUAAAAAACAAGUUUUUUUAAA